CACUCAUCCAUCACCUUCUACUACCACCACCACACCAUCAUCUCCUCAGGCCUCAGCCACCGAAACCAUCAGCAUGCCCAACCUCGAGCAAUACGUCGACUUCAACCCCGAGAAGGAGACCCCCUCCCUCGCCGGCAGAGUCCUCUUUGUCACUGGUGGCACCGCAGGUCUGGGCAGAGCAACCGUCAUCUCCCUCGCCCGCCACAGCCCCGCCCACAUCUACUUCACUGGCCGCAACGCCUCGGCCGCCGCGGACCUCUUGGCCGAGAUCAAGCAGAUCGACCCGGCCGUCGGCACCACCUUCCUCAAGAUGGACAUGAACUCGCUCGCCGACGUCAAGAAGGCCUGCGUCGACGGCUUCAGGCACUCCCGCCUCGACCUCGUCGUCUGCAACGCGGGCGUCAUGUACAUCCCCGUCGGCCUCAGCGCCGACGGCUUCGAGAACCACUUUGCCAUCAACCACCUCGCCCACGCCAUGAUCCUCCGCGUCCUCAUGCCCGUCCUCGCCCGCACCGCCACGGACCCCAAGCUAGACAAUGUCGACGUCCGCGUCGUCUCGCUGUCCUCCGACGCGUGGCGGAUCCACCCCAAGGACGGCAUCACCUUCUCCACCAUCCGCACGGAGCAGAAGAGCUGGGUUGGCGGUGCCUACCGCUACGGCCAGUCCAAGCUUGCCAACCUAGUCUACGCCUCUGCCCUCUCACACCACGUCCCCGCAUCCUCGGCAAACCACAACAAACCAAACAGCAAGACUAAGGGCAUCAAGUUCCUCUCGGUCCACCCGGGCGCCGUCACGACCGGCCUGACCACCACCAAGCUCUCCACGCUCGACCGCGCCGCCAUCAAGGCCUACACCCUCUACGCGCGCAUCACCAUGAUGGACGAGUCCCAGGGCCGCCUGAGCCAGCUGUGGGUCGCCGCCGGCGCGCCCCGGGACGAGCUCGUCGACGGCGGGUACUACAUGCCCGUCGGGCGCCUCAGCCAGGACAGGCUGGACGAGAUGGCCAAGAGCGAGGAGCUGCGGGACGAGCUGUGGCGGUUCACGGAGGAGGUCUUGGAUGGAUUCUGA